AUGGAAAUAGUAAAACUUUAUCCAUCUGGUAGUUUAAAAUUGAACCACAUUUUAUUUUCUUGCGUUGCUUCUUUUUCAGCGACAGUGACCGAUAUCUCCAUCAACGAGACGACCACUCACAUAUUCGAUACCUACAACUUUUUCGUCCACCCCCAUUGGUAUAAAUAUCCGUUGGUCUCUGACACAUGGCACUAUGGAAUUGCCAUAUUCAUCUCUAUCAUCGGCAUCAUCGGAAUCUGUGGGAACGCCACCGUUAUCUAUAUCUUCAGCACCACCAAAAAUUUGAAAACCCCAUCCAACAUGUUUAUUGUGAAUCUGGCUCUCAGCGACUUUACAUUUUCCCUCGUGAUGGGUUUUCCACUUUUAACUAUAUCAGCCAUCAACAAGAAAUGGAUGUGGGGAGACACAGCGUGUAAACUCUACGGAUUAAUUGGUGCGAUAUUUGGCUUAAUGUCCAUUAACACUCUAGCAGCGAUCAGUGUGGAUCGUUACUACGCCAUCUCUCAUCCACUCCAAGCUGCCCACUUUAUGACACGAAGAAAGGCGUUUCUAAUGAUAUGUGUGGUUUGGAUAUGGUCCCUGGUAUCCUCUCUCCCGCCAUUUUUUGGCUGGGGAGAUUAUGUGGCGGAGGGAUUCCAGACAUCCUGCACCUUCGAUUACCUCACGAGAACUGUAAGCAACCAGUCUUACAUAGCUUUUAUAUACCUCUUUGGCUUUGUUGUUCCAUUGGUUGUAAUUGCAUUGUCGUACAUUAUGAUUCUCCAAGCCCUAAAGAAACACGAGGAAAAAAUGAAUAAAAUGGCAGCCAAAAUGAAGGUUGACGAUAUAAAUAAAAAUAGAGAAAAAACGAAAGCUGAAAUUAAGAUCGCUAAGAUUGCCAUUAUGAUCGUUUGCUUGUUCAUGUUGUCAUGGUCUCCGUAUGCCGUGGUGGCUUUGAUUGGUCAAUAUGGUAAUGCAGAAUUGGUCACUCCUUACUUAUCAGAAUUACCCGUCAUGCUGGCAAAAGCAAGUGCCAUGCACAACCCUCUCGUCUAUGCUCUGAGCCAUCCUAAAUUCAGAGAGGCCUUGUACAAUAAAGCCCCAGGGUUUUUUAGCUGCUGCAAGCCUCCUCCCAAAUCAACAGCGGCGACCAAAGGAAAAAAUGUAAUCCGAACUAAUAGUGUACUAAGUGAAGGUGAGGGCAGUGACGUAUCGAGUUGUGUCAGUAACAUUAGCGAGACACGUGGCAACGCUAUCCAAAUGCGCAGGACCGGAAAGAACUCAAAUAAUCAAGGACCAGACAACAAUUCAACACAGUUGAUUCAGGGCCUCGUCCAAGCUCUCGUUGGCGCCACAACUCAGCAAAAUAGACAAGUAAUAUAUCUUCCAAAUAUGGCUCAGAACUCACAGUCUCCUCAAGCCGUGGAUCCAAAUGGUGUGUACAUGGUCGACAGUGCAGGACAUAAAAUAGAUAUGAAGUCUUACUUACAACACAUAGUCGCAGCUGAAAGGAUUGCAUCAGUAGUCGAUAAUUCACAAAAACAAAAUGUAGAAAUGACAAAUGAAACCAGCGCCACCAACAACGAGAAAGUGGAAGAAAAAAUAGCGAAUGAGCAAGUGUAGAUUGUUUCAAUCUCAAGAACUCUAAAUCAAUAUAACAACACUGAUUCAAUCUUAAGAACUCUAAAUCAAUAUAACAACACUGAUUCAAUCUUAAGAACUCUAAUUCAAUAUAAUAACACUGAUUCAAGCUAAAGAACUUUAAAAUGAAAUAGCAGACCAUCAAGUGCAGAUUGGUUCAAGUUAGAAAACUCUAAAUUGAUUUAGCAAAUGUAGACUCAAAUUGUGACAUCAUACAAGUACGGAUGUGAUUAUGUGAUUCGACUCACGUGUUACAGUGUGCUUGUCUUGUAAUCACACGUGCAGUAACAACUAAAUUUGAAAAUGUAGCAGAGUAACAUUAGGCUCCGUUUUCGUAGCGAUUGUUGUUUUAUCUUAUUUCAUGGAUACCAGUUAUUGUUUUUGUUCACUUAUGUAGUACUCAUUUGAAAGUGGUCCUAUUUUCAAUUAAUCUCUCUAGCAUGAAUUCACCGUAACACUACAUUACUUGCUUUAUCACGAUUUUGUCUCACUUUGCAUUAGCUUUUUAAAAAUUUCUUAGAAGUGUUUGUUAAAUUUUCUCUGACUUUUUAAAAAAUGUAAACGUUUAACCUAUAGUACGUGUUCGAUGAAUGAAACGGAGAGAAAAAAGAUCUAUCCGUUUAUAGUUUUCACCUCACAUGAUCGGCAUCAUUGAACAUGUUGUCUAUAGACUGGUGUCUGAUUUUUACCCUUUUGGUAACGAAUUAUGGUUGCUAACGUGUACGGUCUGCUUGAUGGGACAAACUACAUGUAAUAUCAUAGAGCGUAAUUGACACAAUAGUGUUUUGACGAAGAAUUCCGAAACUUCUCUAAAACGUGAUGUUUUUUGUUUUGUUUUGUUUUUGUGUUUGUUUUGAAUUUUUCAUUGCUUUUAAAAAAUAUUUUUAUAUGCAUGUUCGUGUGUGAAAUGAAAUUCCGUACCUUUGGACAUUUCUUUACUAACACGGGAAACACGGAAAGGCGAGAGAAGAUCCAACUGCCUUUAAUUGAUAGUCGACUCCCUUCUGUCAACAUAAGCCCCUGUAAUUUUUCAAAAAGAUUUUUUUCGGUGUUUUGUGCUACUUGAUACCAGCUUCAGUGUUUACUAACCAACAAAAUUCCAUGCUGCGAAUUCAGGAAAGUGAGAGACUUCAAAGUAACCAGUACCGUCUCGAUUUCUUCAUAUCUUAUGAAAUAAAAUAUGAUUUUUCUUGUUAAAACUUUAUUAUGUCACGAUUCCAUAAUUUUGAUAUAUAUCUGUAUAUUUGUUGGAAUUUGGCUAUAAUAAAACGUUG